AUGGCAGCGGAGGCAGGGAUGCUCGAGCUGCCCUUCAUCCGUGACGACCAGCUCACCCGCUGCAUGAGGCUGCGAUUCCAGAGCCUGCAGCAAAAGAACGGGAGGCCCCAGGAUGGUGAGAAGCUGCUGCAUCCCAACGAGCACGUCUACAGAGUGGAUUUCAUCCGGCAGCACAACCUGCGCUUCCUCCACUGGGAUAUCCGGCUGGAGAAACCUGGGAAGGUCACGGUGACUGGCACUUCCCAGCACUGGACUCCUGAUCUCACCCACCUUAUGAACAGGCAGCUGCUGGAGCCGGUGGGUAUCUUCUGGAAGAAGCCAGGGGCCGAGGAGGUGCAAUGCAAUGAGGCAGAUGCCCAGGAAUUUGGGGAGCGAAUAGCGGAGCUAGCCCAGAUCCGCAAGGUGAUGUAUUUCCUCCUUGCUUUCACCGACGGCCUCGAACCAGCUCAGCUGAAGGGCUCCAUUGUUUUUAAAGCCUGA